ACGUAAAUUUUGGCAACGAAGAUAAUAUUCCCCUCCCGCCACCAGAGGGAGGGUUGGAGACGUCCUACAUAUUUGUUAGAACCCUUGGUGCUGGGGCGUUUGCGGAGGCAAAUUUGUACAAGAAAACUGAGGAUAACAGUCUAGUGGUAUGGAAGGAGAUUAACAUGGCGAGACUCGGGGAGAAGGAGUGCCGAGAUGCCAACAAUGAGAUAGAUAUUCUCUUCCUGCUCAACCAUGCUAACAUCGUCACAUACUACAACCAUUUCAUGGAUGGCAGCACAUUGCUCAUUGAGCUUGAGUAUGCUAAUGGUGGCACACUGUCUGAUAAGAUUGAUCAACAGGAGCAGCCCUUUGAAGAAGAGGUCGUGAAGUGGUAUUUGUUUCAACUGGCAUCAGCUUUAGCCCACUGCCAUGAAAAUGGAAUAAUACACAGAGAUGUGAAGUGUUUGAACAUCUUCAUGACAAAGUCUGAUCUGUUGAAACUUGGGGACUUCGGAAUCUCCAAAGUCCUGGAGUCCAAGUCGCAGCAAGCAGAGACAGUUGUUGGCACUCCGUUGUACAUGUCUCCAGAGCUUAUGAAAGGUGACAAGUAUGACUACAAGACAGACGUCUGGUCCCUCGGCUGUGUCCUCUCUGAGCUGCUCACAUUAUCAAGGACUUUCCUUGGGACUAACAAACUUCAGCUAGCCUAUGAGAUUGUAUGCGGCACACCUAUUAGCAUUGAUGCCGCUUACUCCCCAGAGAUCAGAAAACUGGUGGAGAAAAUGCUCAAAAAGGAGCAGCGAAGCCGUCCAACUGCACAAGAAAUCAUUGACAGUGAUGUUUUAAAGGAAAGGCUUGUAUAUGAGAGACGGGUAUAUGAGCUGAACACUGGAUCCAGGCGGGCGAGAAUCCUGACCUCUGUCUCGGUCUCGGAACAAACUGUGGUACCAGUGGUCAAGUCAAAAGUCACAGAGGUUUACCAGUGGGGAGGUGGACGUAUGACGCCCCAGAAACAGGACAUUUUUGUGAAGGGCCGCAGUGCUGCCCAGGUGUCCGCAGGUCACAGUCACUUUGCUGUUGUUACCAUGGAGAAAGAACUCUAUACAUGGGCUAAUGUGCAGGGAGGGAGUAAGAUAGUUGGGCAGUUGGGCCACGGUAACACAGCCUCCUACAAGACCCCGAAGAAAGUAGAAGCAUUUGAAGGGGUGGGGAUUGUACAGGCAGAGUGUGGGGAAGAUUUCACUGUCUGUCUAACUGAUGAAGGUCAGGUAUACACAUUCGGUUCCAACUUCUACGGUUGUCUUGGAAUGGAGACAGAUAGUGAUGAGGUUACCUCCCCUGUGUGUGUGGAGACAUUUGCAAACCUCCCAGUACAGGAGAUCAUAUGUGGGGACAACCAUGUUGUUGCCUUGACCAAGAACGGAGAUGUGUAUACAUGGGGCUGUGGAGAAUUUGGUCGGCUUGGACAAGGGUCUGAGGAUGAUUGCACAGUUCCACAAAAGGUCAGUUUUCCAUCCACCCAUCACAUAAAGCAUGUGUACGCGGGCUCGGAGAGUACAUUUCUGCUCACCCAGUCUGGGCGCGUGUUAGCAGCGGGAAGUAAUGAGCACAACAAACUCGGCUUCAACGCCAACAUCUAUGGCAUUAAGAAGCAUAAACCGAAGGUGUAUGACAUUCCGUGUAAGCUUCACUUUGCCCUGGUGCGACCUUUAAUGAGGCUGAAUGUUCAAACAAUAGCAGCCGGAAACAACCAUUCAGCGGUUAUUGACAUCUGUGGGCACCUGCACACGUUUGGUUGUAAUAAAAAUGGCCAACUUGGUUCUGGAGAUUUCAAAUCACACUCGGGUAUCUGCCGUGUCUCAAACGCCCUGGCUAACCAUCGGGUAGAAAAGGUCACGUGCGGGGAUGGAUUCACCGUGGCUUCUACUAGUGACAAUUACGUGUACGCCUGGGGUGAUGGAGAGAAUGGACGGCUGGGUUUUGGCCCAAUUGAACUUGGGAAAGGGCCAAACAAGAAGUCUGUUUCCCUGCCACGCCCCAUAUUUGGUUCCCUGCACAUUGUGCCCCAUCUGUCAGCUAGACACUGGCACACCAUCCUUAUUGCUGAAAAGGUUUUAAACGAGAAAACCCUGAGAACAAGGUGUUCAAUGCCUAAGAUGAAACUACUUCAGCAAGCCAAGAAAGUAGAAAAUAGGAAUGAGGAAGAGCAUCGAGAAGCAGCACCAAAUACAGAUUCAAAAACAAUUGUUAACUUCUCUGCUGGUCAAGAAGACAGUGCAUUCAGUGAUUUGUCACCAGUAUACCAGCAGACAGGAAGUGACAUCACUUCCUCUUUGCUCAGUGGGGAUUCUGGGAAGCCAAACUCUCCUGAUGGAUCAUUGCCAUUCUCAUCGAUGCCAAAAGCCAGUAAUUCGCUACACUUAGGUUUACCUUGGGCAAAAACUGAGAGCGAUCUUCCUCCUUGGCUUGAAGCUGAAUUGGAGGAUGAGGUGAUACCUAUUCCAGCAGGCUUUGUAAUUCAGUCUCCUGGCAUAAUCAAUCCAUAUGCCAACCAAAAUGACAGCAAGAAUGUUGGACCUAAUGGUUUCCAAUGGCAACCACCUUCCUCAUCUGAAACCGGUUUUACUCCUACACAAUGCAACUCAUAUCAAUCAUCAAGCCAAUCAAGUGUAUCUCAGGGAUCAUGGAAAAAAUCAAGCACAUCCAGUUCCUCCAGUUCAAAGAGGAAUUCUACUGGAGUUUUUCAGCAACAGAAUGGAGGGACAGACAAAAGCUCAAGUUCUUUAUCUAGUCAGGAUAUCAAAGCUUUGUCUCAAACUUUAGAGACCAAAGAAUUGACAAUAAAUCAGCUAGCACAUAAAGUUAAAGAACUUGAGCUCGAAAAUAUGAAGAUUCGUGAUCAUUACGAAGAAGUUAUUAAAGGGUUGAAUUCCAAAAUAGCAACAUUACAAGAUCAAGCAAAAAAAGAAUAGAAGAGAGUUGAUAGCUAGAAGAAGAAGACAAAAGCACUAUGUUAGAAUUUAGUUAGACUAAACUUGUUAAUUCUACUUAAAGCUACACUCUCACAGACUGUCAGUUUUGACACUUUUUUUCUCAGUAUCGGCUGAUUUUGGCAUCAGUGCCUUCAAUUCAUUCAAAUAAGGUAACUCACAAUUGAAUAAAUCUCAAUGGUUUGCUAAAAUGCAGUAAAUUGAAAUUUUUAAAAGCAUUAGUAACACUUUUAACCAUCAAUUUUCGAACGUAAAUAUGAUAACCAUCAUCUGAUCUUUUGUAAGCAGUCUUAUAUCAUUGGUUUUCAUAAUAUAUUGUUUACAAAUAGUUUCGCAAAAUUUGGCUUGUUCCAAGACAAAAAAUUAAAAUAAUUGUCAAAACGUUCAAUCUGUGAGAGUACAGCUUAAUGAAUCCACGCUGGAAAUGUACAUUUAUCAACAAUCAUAUCAUACUUUCUGAGCUGCAUCGCACAAUUUUGGCCUUCGUCAUAUAUUUGCAAAAGUUUGGAAGAAAUUAAUUGACGUUUAAAAAAUAAUACUUUUAGCAUUUUUUAUUAAUGAUCAUUUAAUUUUUAAUAAUUAUGUCCGAAGGCCAAAAAUUGCGUGAUGCGGUACAUCUCAUGUUUGAACCGAUAUUUCUGUGUAGUAAGAAUUAAUCGAUCUCCAAAGUGAAAGUUGUACUUAUCAGUUCAAAUAUAGUUUAUUUUAUUUUGCGAGCAAAGCGUUCAAAUUAAUUUGUAACAGUAAUAGUAAAAUGAAAUUCUUCAUCCCUCAAUAUUUUUACAGUUUGUAUCCAAUCUGUAUAGAGCUUGGUCAGGAUAUUUGUCAGCAGAGUCGCUAAGACUAGUGUAAAUUUGGGUCAUCUCCUGGUAACUAGGUCAAAUGAAGAUAAAAUUUGAGUUCGGAAAGUUGACACUCUUUUUCCAAUCUUCAUGAAAAGACGAAAAAAAUGUGUUACUGCUGGAAUUAAUUUCAUUAAUUCAACUCUGCUUAUCCAAUCUUCAAGAAACUUGUUCAGAAUAUUUCUCAGCAUAAUAUUUAGGAAGAGUGUGAAUUUGGGUAAUCUUUGACAAAAGCUAGGUCAGACAAGUGUGAAUAUGUGUCAGCAACAAUUACUGUCUCUUCUUUAAACAUUUUGCUGUAAAAUGGCAUUUGUCAAAAUGAAAAUUCCGGCUAUAAUGCGUUUUUCCUAUUUACUUCUUGUUUCAUUAUAUUCUACCAGUAUGUUUUGUAUUUAUAUCCCUGUUGUCAAAUAAUGAAUCUGGAAACGAGAAAUAGAUCUGGCAAAUCUAUACGUGUCACAUUGUAACCUAUAUGGGUUUUGUUUGUUUCAUUUUUGGAUCUCAGGGUUGCAUACAGGUGAUGCAACUUUUUUUAAAUAUAUUUUUUAAUCUUUGUAAAAUGUUUUAUUGUAUUUGGAUGUUUAAAGCUGCACUCUCACAGAUUAAAUGUUUUGACAACUGAAUAUUUUUUUUGUGUUGAAACGAGCCAUUUUUUGUGAAAAUGCAUGGAAACCAGUUAUAUAAGACUGCUGAUAAAAAAUAGAUUGCAAAUUUUUAUAUUUAUAACGGAAAUAUGAAAAUCUGCGAUCUGAUUAUUGUCAGCAAUCUUUUAUCGUUGAUUUACAGAUAUUUAGGCAAAAAUUGGAAUUCCAAGACAAAAAAAAGAAAAGUAAAACGGUAUUUUUAUGAGAGUGCAGCUUUACGAGACCAUUGGCCAAUUGAUCAGAACUUUGUUAAAGUUAACAUCAUUGUUAAUGUUGUCAUUGACGUUGUUAACUUUCGUGUUAUUACUGCUCUGUUGUGUUAAUGGAUCACUUCUAAUUUUCUGUAGCUCUAACAAUAUAUGCGACAACUGUAUUAGCUGAUCUUGUUUAAAUUUAAAUAUUUAAACACAUCAUCAAAUAUUUCACAUUUAAAAGAUAAAACUGACGUCAUUAGUCACAUCAUCAAAUAUUUCACAUUUAAAAUAUAAAACUGACGUCAUUAGUCGCGUCAUCAAAUAUUUCACAUUUAAAAGAUAAAACUCACGUUGUUAACUUCAAACAAGUUCUGAACACUCGGCCCAUUGAAUCUUUGUAAAUUUAGAUGUCAGUCGUCAUUUUUAGCUCGUCUGUUUUAAGUCGAUUUAUUGUUAUAGUCUUGUAAUUGUUGCGCACAGUCAGUGUUGUUUACUUGCAAAAUACUUAAUGUCAGACAGAAAUUAUUAAAAAACAAAACAUUCUUAGUAUUCAAAUAAAAUUUGGUACACAUGUGGCCAGAGACAAUUUGCACAUAUAUAUCAAGUCAUAUACAUUUAAAUCGAGUUUUGCCAUUGACAAAAAUAUUCAAAACUCGAACUUUGGACAUAUUUUAUAACCGUUCAAAAUAUUAUAAUGAAACUUUGUACACAUGUUUCGCACAUAUUAAGCAAGGUCAAUAACUCUGGCCUCAAUAUCUUUUGAGUUAUGUACCUCUUUCAAGUGAGUGUUGGACUUUACUUCACGGGUGUAUUGUUAUUUUAUAAGUGUAAUACGUUUGUGCAUGCUUUUUGUUAAUUAGCCUCUGACACAUGAUUGAAGAAGAUAUAGAUCUGUGAUCAUAAUAAAAUCUCUUAUAAAGUAUGAUGAAAAACAUGUUUGUCAAAGUAACUUCUAGUUCACAUUUUGUACGUGUUAUUUAAGGCGUUUUGGGGAUUUUAGAUCUGCGAAUUCAAUUGAUAUUUUGUUGUAAAAACAGUAAAAUACUUACUGAUUUUUUCCUGUUGAUGUCCCCUGUAAUUCAAAUACAAUUGCAUAAUAAGCCCACACAGAGAUAAUUUAUGGAAUAAGGAUACUAUUAACAUAAUUAUUAUUUUGAAUUGUUAAUGGUCUCUUCUAAGUGAUGUAGAACAUUAAUUCAGAAAAAGUAACUAUUUGCUCACCACUUGAAAAUAUAUUGCUUAUUAUAUUUCAAUAAAUAAUAAUGUGUCCAACUUGUUAUUUUUCUAGAACCUUUGUGAAGAAAUUCAAAUAAUGUUAAUAAAAUUACAGUAUAGUCGUUCUCUAGCUUUAUUUCUAAUAUUGAAAUAUGUACUUUGUUUAAUAUUUAUGUCAUAUUGUCACAUAAUGACUCAGUCACACAUAGCUUACAACUAACUCACAACCUCCGACAACCCAAAUUUGCAGCAACCAACGACAACCUCCGACCACCACAAACAAAAAAUUGCUACGUAAAUUUAGUUGGCGAUUGGACCUGGGACCAUCUGGCGAUUGUCAUCCAACCAUCAACCACUAAAUUGGUCCCGAUCAAUGACAAGAAGUACAGCAAUCUUUAAAAGCUUUUGAGCAACCACUGGUUGCUGGAGGUCGUGAGUUGGUCGUAGGCAAUAAAUGUGUGACUUGGUAAUUAUAUAAUUAUAUAGUUGUUUUUCGCUCAUUCUCUGAUUAAAGUUUUUUUUUAUUGUUUAUUUAUUUUCCAGUCUGUGAUAUUUGUUUUAGAUUCGUUCAAAAUGAUUAAGCUCAAUAUUAA